AUGAAUUUUUCAAUCAACCUUGAUUUCGGUACACGACCACUGGGCCUGCUCUUCGGGUGGAAGCUAGCAAGACAAUCUUUGAUGGUGGUUACAUCUGAAGUCAAUCAGACACAGGCAACUAUUGAAGCUAUGGACAAACAGGGUUUGCUGCAAUUGCUACAAGACACUCUAUCGCCGCAACAACAGGUCCGACAGAAUGCCGAACAGGUACUGUUGAACGCUCAGAAGCAGUCCGGGCUACUACUAGCAUGUCUUGAACUGGCCGCCGACUCGUCCCAGAAGCAGGAAGUCCAGGCGGCUGCUGCUAUUUAUUUCAAGAACGUGGUAAGGAAAUAUUGGUAUGUGAAGGGUGGUGUGCCGGAUCGCCUGAAAGAAUUUGAGAUCAAUCCUCAGGAGAAGACCUCCAUAAAGGCCCAGCUUAUACCAGCAAUAGUCUCAGUGAGCUUUUCCAAAGGCCAUGUUUCUUCGCAGUUGACGUCAUCUUUGCAAAUAAUAUUGGCUCUCAAGGAUUGGCCUGAUUUGUUGGAAGGUACUGUCCAAUUGCUUAGGAACGCUUCCGACCUCAAGUACGUCUAUACUGGGCUAUUGUGUUUGAAAGAGCUACUCAAACUGGAGAGAUACGAGGUUAAUGCUCAUAGGCAGAAGUUGAACCAAAUGGUGGAGGUCACGUUUCCAAUUCUGGAGCCUUUGCUACCGACUCUGGUGCAAAAUUUCCAUGAUUCAAAGUCUGGAGAGAUGUGUUAUACUGUUCUGAAGAUCUUCAAGUACAGUGUAUUCACGUAUCUGCCCCCCUAUCUCGCCUCUGACUUGAAUAAGCUGUCCAGUUGGUGUACUUUUCAUCUAAACAUUAUCAGUGCUUCCUUGCCUGAUGAAAUUCUUGGCUUGGAGGACGAUGAUCGCACGAAGACACAGGAUUCCCGAUCCAAGGCGAAGAAAUGGGCCUAUGGUAAUCUCAAUAGGUUCCAGAGCAGACACGGUGGUGGAAUUGCAUCUCGUAAAGAGGAUGUUCAGCUGGCGGCGGCGUUUUGCGAGCAUUUUACACCGCUGAUUCUCAACUGUUAUUGGGAUAUCAUCAGUCAAUGGCAUGUGGACUCCCGCAAGAACUGGCUCAGUUCUGCCGCCCUGUACCAUCUCAUUGGGUUUAUGAACGAGUGUAUCACCAUUGAUGCUACCUGGCCCAUGAUAGAAAGCAAAUUAAGCGCAAUCUUGAGCCACAUAGCAGUGCCUACUCUGUGUGCCACGGAAGCAACCGUUGAACUGUUCGAAGAUGAACCAGAAGAGUAUCUCAGACGUUUCUUUGAUUUCAGCAGAGAGCAGAAUACAGCAGAUGUGGCAUCAUCAACUUUGGUCUACACUUUGGCCAGAUCCAGGUUUUCCGAGUCUAUACCUCUGAUCAUUCAACUAUUGAGUGAGUUGUUUGCAGCCAGACAGUCCAACCUCGAAGAUCCCAAGUUCGCAUUGCAAAGUGAAGCAGGACUGAGAAUUCUGGGAACCGUAUGGGAUAGCAUUUCCAAGACAACCAGUCCAGUUCAUCAUCAGCUCGAGGAUAUUGUGAAAUCGUUCGUGUUGCCCCAACUUCAAGAUAAGAAGUUUCCGUUUUUGCAGGCAAGAGCCUGUGAAACGCUGUCCCUCAUCGAUCUCAAAUUCACGGACAUGGACCUAUUGUCGAAACUGUUUGAGUCCACGUCUGAUUGUCUCGAGAAAACCAAUUCGUUGCCAUUACAGGUUGAAGCUGCUGAUGCUUUGAGAUUUUUGGUAGGAAACGAGGUUGUGGAAAGGGCCCUCGCCCCACGUAUUCCAAUGAUCAUGUCGCAAUUGUUGGACUUCUCCAAUCGCUACGAGAUUGAUCUCAUCAACAACAUCAUUGACGACUUUGUGCUGAAGUUUGCCAAAGAACUCGAGCCUUUUGCUGUUCAGUUGGCAAAUAACCUGUGUCAACAAUUCUUGAGACUUGGGUCUGAGCUCAUUCAGUUAGAAUCCGAAAACCCAAACUCUGCGGAUGGUUCUGAGAAGGAGUACCAGGCUGGAAGCAUUAUGAACACAAUGACCACCAUGAUCUUUUCCAUGACCAGUUCGGCUGAACUGACCCAAAAUUUGUUGAGAGAAUUCUCACCUGCCAUAUCAUUGGUUCUAGACAAUGCUUUGACCAUAUUUUCUACAGAAGCAAUGGAGAUUCUCGAAACUGCCAACUAUACCUUGAAGAAGAUGACUGCGGAGAUGUGGCAUUUCUUCGAUCUCACGCUGAACGCAUUCAACCUUUACGGGAAUGAGUAUUACGAGGAUUACCAAGCCUUUUUUGAUACGUGUGUGACGUAUGGGUUCCGUGAUGCUGGGUUCAAUGACCAAAGGGUGCAGAAGUUUGUGACCUCUAUUUUGGAGCUACUAAACGAGAGACAGGAGGAAGGCGAAGUUGUUGAUUUCUGCUACGAACUAUUAUACAGUAUUGUGCUAGCCAUCGGUCCUUCUGUGUCGGUUGCUUUGGGGGAGAUUUGGAAGCUGGUGGUGACAGUGGAGACCAAUUUGCAGCUGUCCGAGGAGCUGGCCCCGGACUUUGAUAUCUCAUUGAGAUCGUUUCUGAAACUGAUGCUGAGUGCGUUGUACGUAUGUCCGUCUCAAGUUAUUGUCGCCAUUGGACCAGAACACUUCUUCAAAUACGUGGAGUUGUAUUUUAACAAUGCAGAUGAAUACUUCAUCACAGUGUUUGACUUCAAAUUGCAGAUUAUGGCACUGAUGUCUCUGCUACUGAACAUAGAACAAAUUCCACCACUGCAAUCACAUUCCCAGAGCAUAUUCGAGAAGCUGCUGAGAUGUCUUGAGAUUUUACCUUCUGUGCUCACCAAGCGCAUGGAGCUCAUAAAGAGCGACCUGGCUACCACCAAAGAGGCUGCACUGGGAGAGGAGGAGGAGGAUUGGAACAACGUUGAUGAACAGGAGUCAAAGGAACUUACCAGGGACACAGCACUGGAUUCGGUGAACAUAUAUGCCGAGUUCAAGCAGUUUAUGGCAAAUCAAACGCCCCAGAAUCUGGCCGCGACUCUUCCAGAGGACAAGCAGAAGUUGAUACAGUUGUUGACGAGUUCGUGA